AUCUGCUUGAGGGAACAAUGAUGUCACUCGGACCUGUCAUUUUUAGUAGUUGUGAUGUAUCGUUUUUGUGGGGGAGGAGAUACUAGUAUACCCAGAACACCACAUCUGAUUGUCGACGAAUACUCGGAUUCCGUGACUGCCUCGAAGUGUGAUGUAUCUGGCUCCUCGGAAUUCCCGUCAACACGUGGGAGACAGGAAGGGGAGGAGACUUGCAGACAGGCUAGAAAAGAAGGUCUGGCCUGCAGCUUGCGUCAGACCGCGGAGAGAAACCAGCUCAGAGACGUCCCUGCACCGAAGUCUUCAUCAACCGCCCCCGGACAGAUAGUGCGUGCGCCGUCGGUGGGAAGGACCGACGCUUAUCCGAGCAGCAACCGUUGCCAGCACGUCGGUUGCCAAUCCCGCCAGGAAAGCCAAGCAACACACAACUGUGAGAACACACGAUGGGCCCACGAGUGGCCGUACCCGUGGGGCUGCUGGUUCUGCUCGCUAUGGCUGCAGGCGGGACGGCUCAAGAUAAUUUGCAAAAGAUAACCUUUCCGGCUCCACGAAGCGUCAGUAACUACGCCAGGCUGGGGACAACAUUGGCUCAGGACUUGAGCAGUUUUACUUUAUGUCUGCAAAUGCGCACCGACAUGAGUUCCACCAGCCAUGCAGGUGUGGUCAGCUAUGCUGUACAAGAAAAUCACAAUGAGCUACUCAUCCUCAAUAAAGGAAGGGGCAUAAGCGAAUUGUUCGUACAAGGAGGUAAAGGAGCUGACCUUGGUGCCUUGCCUGUUUGGGAUGGUGAGUGGCAUGCAGUAUGUGCCACCUGGCGCAGCACCGAUGGAGCCUGGCAGGUCUACACUGACGGCGUUCUUCAGGCUUCCGGCUCGGGGCUGAAGGUAGGAGGAAAAGUGCGCAGUGGUGGGACAUGGAUCCUUGCACAGGAUCAAGAAACAGUUGGGGGAGGGUUCGACCCGAAUCAAGCGUUCAGCGGAGAACUGUCACAGGUGAACCUCUGGGACCGCGUGCUGACUCCAGCUGAGGUGGGGCCAGACUCCUGUGGUCAACAUGGCAACGUGAUUGACUGGGCAACCACGAACAUAGAGGUGUUUGGACUGGCCACUAGUGAUGAAUAUAUCUGCGAUGUCGACGAAUGUGCAGAUGGCACAGACAACUGCCACGCCCAGGCAACCUGUACCAACACGGACGGUUCUUUUACAUGUGAUUGCACUGAAGGGUACAGUGGAAAUGGAGUCAACUGUACUGAUGUCGACGAAUGUGCAGAUGGCACACACAACUGCCACGCCCAGGCAACCUGUACCAACACGGACGGUUCCUUCAUCUGUGAAUGUACCAACGGUUACGGUGGAGAUGGAGUCACGUGUGCUGAUAUCGACGAAUGUGCGAAUGGCACACACAACUGCCAUGAGGACGCAACCUGUUCUAACACGGACGGGGGGUUCGACUGUACCUGUAUCGAAGGUUACACCGGAGAUGGGGUCACCUGCACAGGCUUGUCUGACCUAGUCUUCACGGAUGUCGGGAUGGACUACAUGACCCUGUCCUGGACGGCGCCUGUUGACCUGAAUAUAACCCGGUACCGGCUGCGCUAUCGUCACGCCGGGGCCUCGCACCGGGACCUGUCUCCCCCGCCCUCCCCGGGCGACACCGCGGCCACCGUGCCCGGACUGUGGGCAGACACGGAGUACACCUUCACCCUGACGGCGUUUGGAGAUGGCGACCAGGAAGUUGGAGAGAUCAGUGGGACAGAGACCACAGCUGAGGUUAUCGUGAACGUGGAGUGCCAUGAGGACCACAUGACCGUGACCUUCCCCAGAGCGGCGCUACCAGCGGUAGAUGUGGACAACAUGCACCUGCUGGACGCCAGCUGCGGCGCCACGGUUACAGACACGGAGGUGACUCUGCGGGCAGGUCUGCAGGACUGCGGGACCAUUCAGGAUUCGUCAGAAGCUGACAAAUUCAUCUUCACCAACGAGGCCAUCGCCAAUCAGCUGACGUCUGACAACGGAGCCGUGAGAGGGACGCCCUUCAGCAAGAGGUUCCGGUGUGAGUUCCUCCGUCAGUACGUGGUCUCACAGGGGAGGGAGGUUCUCUACAACAUCCCGUCUCCUCGUGUGCAAGUUGUGGACGCGGAAAACAGCUUCACCUUUGAGAUGCACAUGUUCACAUCGUCAGACUUCACUGCAACAUACAACUCAGACGACUACCCUGUGCAGGUGACCUCAGCCGACCGUCUGCACUUCGGAUUGAGCGUGAACUCACCUUUGAACGACCUGGAGCUGUUCGCUCUCCGCUGCCUCGCCACGCCCAGUACCGACCCUGACGACUCUCCGAGCGUCAGCAUCAUCCAGGACGGGUGUGACGUCGACACCACGCUUCAGCUAGACACAGAACGGUCUAACGACAUGGCCUUAUACUACUCCAUCCAGUCAUUCACCUUCCCCAACAUUGAUGAUCCCAGUCUGGUGUACAUCCAUUGCACCAUGGUGGUCUGCUUCCAGAGCGACCCGGACUCGCGGUGCAGUCAGGGCUGCAUCCCGUCCAGCCGGCGCAGGCGCGCUGUGCCCGACCUGAGCGGGGCCCGCGUCCGACGUGCCAGCGAAACGGACCACAUAACAACCAUCAGCCAGGGACCCUUCAAAGUGGAGAAUGGACAAGAAGAAGCCGCCCCCCUCCCCACUGUCGGCAUCGCUGUGGGCACAGCUGCAGGAAUAGCCGGAGUCCUGCUGGUGGUUGCUGCUGCCUUCCUGGUGAGGAAGAAACGCGGCCGUGGCGCCAAGGAGCAGGCCGAGGAUCGUGUCGGCUUUGACAACUAUUCGUUUGAGCUCUGGGGAAAGGACAAGGCUGCCAGCGCCACCCCCAAACCCGAGUAGUCGGUUCUGGAGUGAGGCACGAAAUGUCGGCAUGAGCGUUGGACUUCAGACCAAAUAUCUCGCUCCCUUUCUCAAUUUCUCUUUCUCAAUACAAUCUUUUCUUAACCUCAGUAUCUCUCCCAUUCUCAAUCUCUCCUCUUUUUCAAUCCAUCUAUCUCUCCCAUUCUUAAUCUCUUCUCUUCCUCAAUCCAUCAAUCUCGCCCUUUCUCAAUUUCUGUCCGUUUCUCAACAUCUCUCCCUUUCUCAACAUCUCUCCCUUUCUCAAUCUCUAGUAGUGGUAAUUAACUGUUACUGUUAGUAGUUCAGUGUUGUCAAGUCUCAUCUCUCUUUUUCUCAAUCUUUUGCCCUUUUUAAUAUUUCUCCAUCCCUUUCUCAAUCUUUCUUAACCCCCUUCUUCUUUCUCAAUAACACUUCCUCCUUUUCCUAAAUCUCCCACUCAAUCACUCCAACUCUCUCUCUCUCUCUCUCUCUCUCUCUCUCCUACCACCCCCCCCCCCACUCUCACAUACUCUUCUCACUUGGUCUUCAUCCUUAUCCCUGUGUCUUUCUUCAUCAUUCCUCCUUUUCAAUCUUCUGAAGCUAUUCUUCAUUUCUUCGCAUAUAUAGCCAUAUUAUAUAGAUAGGAAAGCUGACAACAGUUUAAAGCCUAGGGAAAUUUGGCAUAAUCAAUUAUAAAACCUAGCAGAUUUUUUUCACAUUAAGACUAAAUUGACAAAAGUCCAGGAGCAUGGAGCACAAAAAUAUCACUGGGCAAAUUUCAGUUCUUCAAAGAACAUACAUUGGGCAAAUAGCACAAAAAUAUCACUGGGCAAAAUUCAGUUUCUUCAAAGAACAUACAUUGGGCAAAUUUCUGGGCAAAUUUCAGUUUUUUUAAAGAACAUACAUUGGGCAAAUAGCACAAAAAUAUCAUUAGGCAAAAUUCAGUUUCUUCAAAGAACAUACAUUGGGCAAUUUUUUUUUUUUUUUCAAAGAACAAAACAUAUAAAAGACCAUUUGUAAGUUAAUGUGUCUGGACUAUUAUUUCAAUGCUGGAUGCAAACGUGUUAGUAUAGACACAGUUGGUUAGAAGGCGGAAAACUGUUGUCAGGUGAACAAAAACCCCCAAAAUGCAGGUGAAAGGAGCUUUACGGUACCAUUGCUGCAUCCACAGUGUGACAGUCAGGAGAGACAAAACCUCCGGGUUCUGUGGAGAAUGAUUUGCGAGGAUUAUGCAGUAAUUGUGUUUGACAUGGUGGCCACCAUAUCUGCAGUUUACAACCUUCAGAGUCAGAGGCAAUUACUGAGAUGAUAGGAGAAGAUGAGAUGAGGCAGUGAGGCUGGCUGUGAAACAUUGUGGGAUAGUGGUGUAUUACGAAAUAAUAGUGCAUAUUACUAGCAAGCCUAUAUAGUAAUAAUUGUGUUGACAUGUAGCUUUGUCAUCUUCUGAAUUAACAAAUUCUACUCUGUUCGAAGGCUCUAAAUGUAGGUUUCUAGUGUAUAAUCUUAUUUCUGUACUAGAUAUAACUUUUCAUCUUCCAGUAGAUUUUUAUUAGACGUUGCUGAUACUGAGGUUAUAUAAGGUCAGCGUUGUUAGUUUAUAAGACACCAGGGUGUUAGAAAUAUGAAGUGUGUGAGCAUAGCUUUACUGUUAAGUAAGAAUCAGUUAUCUUACUUGUAACCGACAAUUUAGUAUUUCUUUAGUAUAAACUAGGCUCUUUUAUAGAGGUGCUGCGGAAUUUUGUGUUAUUGUGUUAUUAUGUAGAGGUGCUGCGGAAUUUUGUGUUAUUAUGUAGAGGCGCUGCGGAAUUUUGUGUCAGUAAUAAUUGUGAGAUUAGCCCAGAUAUCCCCAUGAGAAGAUAGAGAAGAUAUACCAUCAUGCACUAAAUCCAGAGAAGUGAUGUCUUGCUGAACCCACAACUACAACUGAUCUCUUAGUUACGUUUAUAGUUCAUGUGCAUUUGGUAAAAAAACUUUUGAAUAUAAGAUGUGCAGUUUUGGUACCACA